UGAUUCGCCGAGCAGGAGCUCAGUCUCACCCCGCCCUUUGGCUGGAUUGUACACGUCAGCAGUCAAUAAGCUGUGGCCAAGAUGUAUCAUACUCCUAUCAUCCUCUUCCUGGUGUGAGCUUGUUGACACAUUACACCCAGUUUGCGGUGGCGAAAACAAGCGACCGCUCGGCAAUUGACACGAAGUGCGAAGAGAGUCGCGUCAGAAGAAAAAGCAGCCGACUAGAUACGUUUGACUAUUGGUUUAAAGCAAGCGUCACGCGACAAGAGCUGGAGUUUGAACGCGCGAGGAAGCAGUGCUAUAAACAAGUUUACAAUGAAGACACGCGCGAGAAGGUGAAUGAAAGCGAUUGCUGUUGUAUUCGUUAGUCUCCUUUUACUCUGAGAAAAUGAGAUUUAGGCUCCUCAAAAGGAAUCUGCUCGCGCUGCUGGGGGUUUCCUUCGUGGUUGCGACUCUCCUGUUUUCUACACGUGUGUUAUUAGUGUCCGAUAAUGACACAAGUGGACUCGAUAGUAACGUCGCUCGGGGAAAUCAGGUCAUGCACUCUGGUGACAUUGACAAGUUUACCUUCGGUUCACUGACAGAGUUGACUCAGUCCGUUUUCAGUGCCAAUUACAAGCAGCGUGUUCACAAUGCGGAGAGGUUUCCAGGGGAGCCUCAACUGGUGCUGGUUGUGCAGGUCCACAACAGGCCUGAAUAUCUCAGACUGCUCAUCAAGUCCAUGGAAAAAGCUGCUGAGGUCCACAGCUUUCUUCUCAUAUUCAGCCAUGACUAUUUUUCAGAGGAAAUAAAUGCCAUUGUGCAAGGGAUAACUUUCUGCAAAGUACUGCAAAUUUAUUUCCCUUUCAGCACUCAGCUGUUUCCCAAUGAGUUUCCUGGGCAGGAUCCACGGGAUUGCCCUCGAGACAUAUCCAAGGAUAACGCUCUGAAAACAGGAUGCCUCAACGCAGAACACCCUGACUCCUAUGGGCACUACAGGGAGGCCUUCAUCACUCAAACCAAACACCACUGGUGGUGGAAACUGCACUUUGUGUGGGAGCGAGUGCAGGCAAUGCAGGGCUAUAAUGGCUUCGUAGUCUUUUUGGAGGAGGACAACUAUAUCUUACCUGACUUUUUCCAUUUCUAUAAAUCAAUGUUAGAGUUCAGGAAGAGAAGCUGUCCAGACUGUGACAUGCUGGCUUUGGGUAACCACAAUGGCCUGACUGAUUUUACCAAACUGUCCAAUAAGGUAUUGACCACUGGUUGGAUGUCCACUAAACACAACAUAGGCAUGGCCCUCUCCAGGGAGGUGUACUACAAACUGAUGGGCUGCAGCAAUGAAUUCUGCACCUAUGACGACUACAACUGGGACUGGACUCUGCAGCACCUCUCGGGAACCUGCAUAUCAAAGCCUGUCAAAGUGCUUGUGGCAGAGGGCUCCAGGGUUCUCCACACAGGAGACUGUGGCCUUCACCAGAAGGACAAUUGCAGACCAGAAUGGGCCUCACAAAGGGUUGAGGAAGGUCUUCAAAAAGCCAAGGAUGGCCUCUUUCCUCCAUCUCUUGUUCUUAAUAGUGCAGAAGCAGUGGAGCACAAGGCACACAUGAAGAAUGGAGGAUGGGGAGACGUUCGAGACCAUAUUCUGUGCAAUAACUAUGCCAAACGUCUUUGAACUGCAAGGGUUUUUUUUAAGAUAAAAUGUUCAUUGGUAUUCUGCUGAUGUGCUCUUCAUACAAAACCUUUCAGGGUUUUGUGGGUUGCAUUUCCACUUCAAGUGUAUUAAUGUUGUCUUCCAGCGAUGUCUUCCAAGAAGCAGGACCAAAUCAAGUCCAAGCAAUUUGCGUGCACACUGCUAGAAUUCAACUUGUAUUUAAAUCUAUUCUUGUCAAUCACCAAAGCUGCACAGUUGCCAAAGACUUUUGUUGAUAUCUGUGUUGUGUAUGAUACAUGCAAGCUCAUUCAUGCUUUUCAGUUUUGUCACCAGAUCUGUUUAUGUCUGAGUGUCCUAUCAGCAAAACCUUUUAGACUUACUGCACAGUGUUGGGGAAAUAUUAGUGUGCGUAUACACACUAAUUUGCAAAUAUAUUUCCUUGCAAUAAGAAGUUCAACAUGUUAAUUUGCGGUGAAUUAAUGCGUUGCUUUUAUGAGCCAUUCAGUUGCAUUUCAUUUUCCCUACAUGUGCUUUUUAGGGUACGAUUUUUAAGUGCAACAAAGCAAAGAGACAUGCCAUGUACAGACGUGUAGAUUUAAUCAAAAUGUGUGGUGAUCUUAAAUGUAGGGGAAAGAUCUUUAUGCAGUUAAUGUAUCUUUGAAUUUCAAAAUGAUACGGUGCACAUAAUGGAAUUUUUGUUACUGAAUGUAAUAUUAAUUUUCUGUUUGUUGUAACCAGAGGGCUUUUCACUUACUUCACUUACUUAAUCCAUCUCCCUUGUUGAAACAGGAGCUUGGUCUUGAUUGAUUUUUCUUUUGGUGGUGACCAUAUAUUUGUUUUCUGAUAGGUGAAAAAUGACCUUUGGGAGUCAAUAUUGUUUGUUCUGAAAAUACCAGGCUCAUCUGUGAUUCAGCAUUUCUUUACUUGCAGCCUCUUUGUCAGACUAUAUUUUAGUUAGUGAAAUGUCACAUUAGAAAGGAAUGAUUUCCUUUUGGGUUUUAUUAAAAUUAAAGACAAAUGUUUCUUUUUUGACAUUUGUUCAAUAGUUAAUGAAACUUUAGUAUCCCACUAUAGCUGAAGUGCCUUUUUAUAGUGAAAGACAAUGAGAAAAUUGACACAAGGAAAUUGAUAUUGCCUUAAAGCUGGCCAAAGGUGCCUAAUGAUUGUCCUAUGUGCCUAACUUGCUUUAAAAGAGAUUUCUUUUUUUAAUGGUGCACUGAUGACAUUGUUGUUGAUCAAGUACUUAUGUGCAUUUGUCCUUGCUGGAGAUUUGAAGUUCCCUCUGACAAUUAUUUUUUUGGGAGCUCCGUUAUUCAUGAGAUGUUGAGGGAAAUUGGAAUGUUGAUUUCACAAAACUCCUCAGCGCGCAGUCAGGUAAAAUGACUACAUCACUUUAGAGUCUUGCUUUUGACAGCUGAAAGGGGCUCCAAAUAAGUGGUUCAGUCUGCAGUUAGUGCGCAUCACUUUGCUUCAUGGAGAUCAUUGAUCAAGAAAUAUGAAAUAAAUGUGAUGAUGAGAUUAGUUAUCUUCCGUUUUAUGUUUAAAAGUACAAUUAAUUCUUAAGAUAUCUUGAUACAGGAAGAUGUAAAUGAUGUAAAAAUGAUGACUGGUGUGCAUGUGUAUGUAUGUGGGUUGUUUGGUGAUUCCUUAGUUGGUGAGAUGUACAGUUGAUAAUGAAAUCAACUUUUUUUUUCUUUUUUUUUCUUGUUUUCUUUCUGUUAAUGACUUGAAAUAGUGUUCAUUGUUUGCCAAAUGGGGGACAAAAUAAAAGGCUGAAUUCUCA